UACCCUUCAAAUGUACAAAAGAAACAUGAAAUUUGUUGCGACGUUUUAUUUAUAUAAUGAAUGUGCAUGUGUUCAAUGCGAAAUAUGUAUUUCAUAAUGCCUAUUUUUUUUAACAAUUAUUCCACAAUAUAAUAGUUGAAUAGAAUAAUUGAAUCUUAAUAUAUGAUGACGCGUUAUUGAAAAAGUUAUUAUUUAUUAAGCGUCAAAUGUAUCAUACAGUAUAUAGUAAAAGUAUUACUACAUAUUACAGUUAUUUUGAAAUAAUUACAUCUAAUAGUAUUAUAAGUGAAUUGAAAAAUAUAUGUAAUUUAAAUUUACACUUAUUAAUGAUACUGUCACAGAAAAGGCUAUUAGAGAUAAGAAUAUGUAAGCAUAUGUAUAGAAAAAUUCGAAUGAGUAAAGUAUUCGGUUAAAUAAUUUUUGUAUUGAUUUUAUUAUAAUGUAAUCUAAACAAUUUAAAAAAAGAGAAAUGGCAAACGAAUAUUCGUGAUGUAAUGUUUUUGUUGUGUUCUAGUAGGUAAAAAUACUAGUUAACGGAACAGAAUAUCUUGAGGGAAAUGUAUUUAAAAAUACGAUAAAAAAUAGAGAUAGCCGCGGGCAAUUGUGUGAGAGUGUCGUUGCUGGAAUGCCACGACAAAGAAUUUUUUUGACAUUAUAUUCCGAAGCGAGAUUAAAAUUAUCAACGACUGCCACAAGUUGGUUUUCCUUAACGAAUUAAAAUAGGUUACAACACAUUUGUUUCUUCACAAUUGCAAUUAAAAAUGAAUUUACAACAGGAUGUCCAUCAUACAGGAACAGAAAUUGAACUAUUCAAUAAAAAUAUAUUGGAACGAUUAACAUUACCACAUGUUGAAGGUUUACUGUUACGACCUCUUAGAUCCACUGAUUAUGAUAAAGGAUUUUUAGAACUUUUGGCACAAUUAACAGAAGUAGGAAAAGUAAAUAAAGAACAAUUUCUAAGCAAGUUCCAAAGUAUGAAAAAUGCUGGGAUUUAUUAUAUCAUUGUUAUAGAAGAUACACAUAGUACUAAGGUAAUUGGAAGUGCAACUUUGAUAUCAGAGCAAAAAUUUAUUCAUAACUGUGCAUUGCGUGGACGUUUGGAAGAUGUGGUUGUGAAUAAUAAUUAUAGAGGUAAACAUUUGGGUAAAUUACUUGUUAAUGUUAUUUUACAACUGGCCCGUUAUUUACACUGUUAUAAAAUAUCUUUGGAUUGCCGAGAUAAUCUCAUACCAUUCUAUGAAAGUUUAGGUUUUAAAAGAGAACCGAAUAAUGCGAAUAAUCUUAAUAUGAGAUUCUCAAAUGAAAGUACUACUGAGCAAUCUCAUUUGUGAAUAAAGUACUUAAUUAUUAUCUUUUUAUUUUAAAUAAAAUGUUAAUACUUUUGAUCUUUUGUUAAUUAUCAUAUUUAUCAUAUAAAUAUUAAACUGUUAUAAAUGAAAAUCCACGAAUCAUAUAAAUUGUAAUUUUAUUAUUAUAUCGUAUCUAUGGAAUUAAGUUUCUAUGUAAUAGAAAGUUAUAUGGUAUAUUAAAAUAUCAAUAAAUAUAACAUACACAUAACA